AGCGGAUCAAACGCCCAACUCUGAAAACCUCCUUUUCUCAUGGAAAUAAAGUGUCUGCCUCUCACUCACACGUGGAGUUUCAGUAAUGCAUGAAGUCCAGCGCGCAACGGCACUACACAUCACUGAGUGAAGUUUAGAUUGAGGAGCACACUGGAUUGGAGAGAACGCGGACCUCUGGACGCGCACAACAGCUGAAUGAAGGAAAUCGACAUUACUUCGGCAGACCCUUGCAGCAUUUCUGGGUUUCCAGAGCUUUAAACCAUGUUUGAGUGUGGACGGUGUGCCGUUGUCUUCGGGCUGCUGUGCGCUGCUCUCUCCGCGGGCGCAUCGGUGUGUCCGCCCGGCUGCGAGUGUUCGGAAGCCGCGCUCACGGUCAAAUGUGUUUCUAAAGAUCUGAGGAACAUUCCGAGCGGCAUCCCGGGCUACACCAGAAACCUCUUCAUCACCGGGAACCACAUCAGUCAGAUUGGACCCGAAUCUUUCCAGGGACUGGACAAUGUGACAAAUUUGUCACUGUCUAACAACAGGAUCUAUGAGGUGAAGUCUCACACAUUUUCUAACCUGCGAAGCCUCAGAUCGCUGGAUCUAAGCAACAACCAGCUGGCCCUCAUCCAUCCUGAGGCAUUCACUGUCCAGAGCCGCAUGCUGAGGGAGCUCAACCUCAGUCGGGCUCUUUACAACCACUCGUCUGUCAAUGAUCUCGCCACCUCUCUUCGCUGGAGCAGUUUGAGUGACCUGCUGGGGCUGGACCUGUCCAGUAAUGGCCUUGUCUACUUGCCCCCUGGCAUCUUUUGCCAUCUUGUUGGCUUGCGGCGCCUUCAUCUUGGCAACAACUCUAUAGUGGCCAUCCAUAACGGGACAUUCGCGAGUUUGGACCAUCUACAGGAGCUCGAUCUCACCCACAAUGCUCUUAGGACCUUGCGAGAAGAGGCUUUGAAAGAGUUGGAGCACUUGCAUUCGGUAAGGCUCCACUUGGCGGAGAACCCUUAUACGUGCACUUGCGACAUUGAAACGUUUGCUGUCUGGCUGAACAACUCACAGGAGCGUGUGGUGGAUGUUGAGCGGCUGGCUUGCGUGUUCCCUGCAGAACUGCAGAACAUGUCAUUAUUGAUGGUGGCCGAACUUGAAUUGGGUUGCCACAAAGCGGGAGAGGCCGACAACCUUGCGUUGCAAACCUCCUACGUGUUUUUGGGUAUCGUGCUGGGUUUUGUUGGUCUCAUGUUCCUUUUUGUGCUCUACCUGAAUCGCAAAGGCAUCAAGAAGCGAAUCUACGAAAUGCGUGAUGCCUGCCGGGAAGUUUGGGAAGGGUAUCACUACCAAUACGAGAUUGACCAUGAUCCCAGACUAUCGCAGGUCUCUACAAUGGCUGACAUGUGAUCCAGCUCUUCCAAAACCAAGCUCCUUAUAUGAACUAGUUUUCUAUUGCAUUUAUACUUGGGAAAAUUUACAUUUUGUGUCGCAAACAUGUAGACAUUUAAGUAGGUGCAUAGGUUUUCUCUCAUUUGUGAAAGCAUGUACUGCUUGUCAAGUCUUUUCAAGAGUGUUUUGAACCUUUAUAAGCACACCUCCCCCUCAAACUCUGCACAGAAUUGGCCUCCAUAAGCAUUCGCUUCUUAAUCAUCGUGGGAUGCUUGAGGAUUAGCCCAAUAAAGGGGCAGAAGCCAUAAAGCAACUCUGACGACCACCUCCAAAACCCCCACCACUCUCCAUUGUCCUAUACUGGAAUAUUGCCCACAACCGUUCUGGUUCAACUUAAGUGCCUUGUUUAUUGGAUUUUAGGGGCUGACCAGCUUUAAAGAAGGUAAACUCUCACAUGUAUGUGUACUAUGCGGUUUAUGAAGUUGUGGGAACUCUUAUAGCCUAUUGCAUGAUUGUGCAGCCUUGUCUUUAUGCAGUUCAAGAGUUGGACCCUGUGCAACAGAAUUAGCAGCCUUCUAUGGUCCUCUGUCCCUCUAUCCACAGGGAGUCUGGGAAGAAUGUGCUGGAUUUUCUCUCCAAAAGCAUGCCGGCAUGAGGAUAACCUCCUCUAAGCUGCAGAAGGAGCAUCUUUUGAAGAAAGGGACCCAGUUUCACAGAAAUCUCUGGAUCUUUUUUUCAUUCAAAAGAGACGUUUGCUUUGUUUUUUUUCCACUCAUUUUUAUUGUCAGGAUGAGAACCAGCCCUUCCGAAGGCCGCCGAGCAAAACCCCUCCUCCUCCAGGACUGCUCACUCUUUGAAGACUCAGUCUGGCUCAGUUUCUCAUAUGUUCCCCAUCUUUUUCUGUUUAAGGAACUUUUACUGUGAUAAGAUACAGAUGAAGACAGGGUUGUUGUGUUGAAGGGUCCCCUGCUCUAUUUCUGAGUACAGAGUACCGUUUCCAAAUGUAUGAGACUGAGUUGGGAUAGAGAAUGUCCUUGAUGUGUUGUCGAUCAGUGUGCUGGAUUUAACUUGUAUCUGGAUAAAAUGGUUUAAUUAAACAUUUGGCAAAAGAUGCAAUGGCUAUUUAGUGUUUGGGUGAAUCUCAUGAAAACAGUCACAAAAUGUACAAGAUGUCUUUCACCCCAAAAUCAAAAGACAAAAAUAAAUUGUAUUUUGCACAAAGAAAAUGAAGCCUAUUUUAAAGACUAGAUUUUUUAAAAAGAUUUUUAAUUUUUUUUAAUUGACAUUUUCAUGAUAUUUAAGCACAUUUAAACCUCCUCCCCCAAUCAUGUGUGAAUUUACCUACUGUGAAUGUUUAAAAAAAAAAAAUCGAAUUAGCAUAAUGUGAAAUUUUUUUUAUUUAAAUAUGAAUUUAAUUUAUGCUGAUUUUAAUGUAAAAUUAUUGUGUCUGGAUAGGAUAUAAUACAGUAAUGAGAAAUUUAGGAGGGAGUGCUAAAUUAACAUGACAAUGUCACAAUGAAGAAAAAAAAUGUAUGAUCCUAAAAUAUGAUCCAUUUUCUUGAUGCAAAAUAUUUUUUAAAUAAUAAUUUAUAAAAUUAUUAUUAUAUAUUCAAGUAAAAUAUGAUCUGGGCAUUUCUUCAUGAGGUUCACCCAUUUGGCAGCCAUUUGAAUUAUUAUCUAUUAAAAACUACCAUAACUUUGCUUGUAAUAAUGAAAUGUAUCAUUGUGCCUGAUAAAUUACUUGAUAUUUGGUAUGCAAGACUUCCCAGAAUUUUGACUGUCUUCCAUUGUGCUUUUCUAGCUUUGUACCUGUGCAUUAUUCAUUAAAGUCAAAUAAACCUUUCCAAUAGAAGAGCUGAGGAAAACCAGUGGGAUGCCAUAAGCAAAAUGUUUACUCUUGUGAAAAUAUCAGGUAUCCAGUGCAAAAUAACACACUUAUGGAACUGUAAUGCAUUAAAUGAACAAAUACAUGGUCUUUAUUCAGGGCAGAGUUUAUUUUGCAUGCUAAAACAAUAAAAAAAUAUUUUGAAGUCGAAAUUAGUAUGUUUUGCUUCAGAGGAAAAGAUUUGUGGUUUCUUUUAAUCAUUUAUUCGGAGGAGG